AAGGAAAUAUAAACAGAUGUCACUUCCCAUCUGUCUGUGACCCUAUAAAGGCAGAUUUCUACAAAGGGUUCUCAUUGUCGGUUUUGUAUCACAAGUUUGACAACAAAUAUGCAACUUUUGAUCGCAGUUUGUAUGGUGGCAUUUGCCGCAGCCGUAAAUCAUCACCCACCAAACCAUCACCCUGAUGUUGAAUGUCACCAAAACAGUGAUUGCACCGACCCAUGUGCGGAUGCUACUGAAAGCCGAGUUUGCCUUAACCACAAAUGUGAAUGCCAAGCUACACCCAUUGUGAAGCGUGCACAUUGCAAUCCCCACGACUGUGUUUGCCCAGAAGGUCAAAACGGUAUAUGCAAUUCGCAAGGUCAUUGCGAGUGUGGAAGCCAUGGAAAACGUGCUGGUUGCCAUCCCCACGACUGUCAAAACAGCUGUCCAGUUGGUCAAAACGGAAUUUGCAAUUCCCAAGAUAAAUGCGAAUGUGGAGACCAUGUAGGUAAACGUGCCACCGCCUGCACGGCAGCAACAGUAGCCACUGACUGUACUUGCGACAAGGGUACUGCAGUCUGUAACGAACAUGGACACUGUCAUUGUAACGAGUGUAUGGCAGACGCUGACUGUCCCGCCACACAUUGCCAUGGUGACCACGUUCCAGCAUGUGACGCACAUAACAAAUGUCAUUGUAAACACCCAUAAUAAUUUCAUUUACAAAAAAUAAUAAAUUUUGCUUUUCAUU